AUGCCUGGCCUCGGCUUGGACCUCAACCUUCCCCCCGAGCUGCAGGACGUGUGCAGGCGCCUCAGCUACGGUGGCGCCAACUCCCCCUCGUCCUCGAGGACGCCGCCUCUCCCGCUGAUCUACGGGAGCCCCGAGGAAUUGAUGACACCGAUAUCUCCGCGGACGACCAGUGCGCUAUACCCAGCGCCGGGAGAGACGUCGACGCCGACGGUCCGUGUGCCCAUGGAUACUGCGCUUGCCCUCCGCCCUCCCGCGCAGCCGCAGUCUCAGCAAGCGCAGGAGGCGGGAACGCAGGCUUUAUGGUCGCAACAGCAGUCGCAGCAGCUAAUGCUGUACACGGUGGACGGGCGUGCCGCCAGCUACGAGACCAAGUGGGACGAGCUGCACCCGGUCUCCCAGAUGCUGCUGCUUCAAAUCGAGGGCAGAAUUAGAGAGCACAGGGAUGAUAGUGAGCAGUUGGAUCAAUGCAGACGCUUUGAUGACCUAUCACUAUGCAACAUAAGUUUCGAACUCAAAGCUAGUCAGAUUACUCAGGAGGCUGUAUCUAUCUCUACCAUCAUGAAUAGAGAGAAGAAUUCCAUUGAGUGCUUAAUGACUGUUAUCAGAGAAAUUAUGCGGAACACAGAAUUUGCCAUACGUUCUUAUGUACAAUUGAGGGCAAGGUUUGUCUAUCCAAGUGCUGAAAGUGCAAACUCUGGUUUUUCAAAUCACUCUGGAUCUUCUGGUGCUCAGACUGAUUUCCAUCAGCUCUUAGCCACGACACCAAGGUUUCGUUGUUAUAGUAGUGCUGCCAGGCGGCCUUCUCCUUUUGUGCAACAAACAGUUGCCAGGUUCGAGGAUGAUUUUGGUUACUGCUGCAAAUUGAUUCUAGAACUAGAACAACUUCUCCAGAUGAAGGAUGGCAAGACCUUUGCAGAAUCUUUGAAAUCUCUUUCAAACGUUGUGUCUAAUGUCCAUGACUAUCUAAUCCAUGUGGCAUCUAAGGUGGAACAUUUUCAUCAGUACGUUGAAACAGUAAAAACUCAGUAUCUAAAUGAUCGACGGCGCAGGGGUGAUUUGAGCAAUCCUUUUCUCGAGGCAAAUAACAGAGAAGCAGUUAAACAAGCAACUGACAGAAUAAUCCAUCCGAUGUUGCAUCUAGCACCUCCAUGCCAGCCAACAACGCUGGUGGUGGCGCCAAUGAUAGGAAGCCAACUACAGCAAACUUCAUUCCAUACUGUAGCAACUUUCCCAUCUUCUUGCCCAACUGUUCCACUGCCAUCUGUUUUGCCUCCAUCCAGCAUACAAACAAGUCCCGCUCCAUCAACCAACCCUUUCAAUUCAUCCGGGCCUGUGUUGCAAUCCAUGCCAUUUGAUCCGUUCUCCACACUUGCACUAGGAUCCAUGCCCGCAGCAUCUUUGUUCGGGACUCGUAUCCCAUCUUCUGCUACUUCACUUGUCCCAGUACCAUCAGGAGGUGGAACAGCAGCUUCCGGCGUCAAAUUCAAUCGUGUACCUUCUAUGUGCGCCGCCUCGCCGCGCCCUGCGCCGCCGCCGACGUGUCGAGCUCGCCUGCGCCCGCCCGCGCAAGCCGCGCCCGCCCGCGCCCGCCGAGGCCGCCCGCCGCGCGCCGCCAGCUCGCCGUGCCACCGCGAGCGCCGCUCGCCGCGCCGCCCCACCGUCGUCCUGCCGUACGCCACCGUCUCCCCCGCCCGCCACCGUCUUAAGGUAUAA